AUGUCCGCGUGGGCCUCCGGAAGUCUGGCAGAGAAGCUGAAGCAGCAGAAGCUGGCGGCUCCGAAGGAUAAGGGGCCUGUCGCCCCCUCUGCCACCCUCACAAGUUCGGAAGCAGAGAGCGGCAGCAGCAACGUGAGGAGCAAUGUCGCUCCGUCCUCCGCCCCGCUUGCCCACCCGCCCGCCGUGGAUAAGAAACCGGUAGCCUCCACUGUCAGGGAUAAAUCGCCGCCGCGGACAUCGGCAGCACUUGCCCACCUGGGUCCCAUCGCGCUUCCCCCUGAACUAGCAAAGCUAGUGUCAGCGGAGUUUAACUUUGUCGGUGUUGUGCCGACACCCCCAACAACGUUGGAGGAGACCAGACACCCCUCGGUUGCCAACGGCCCGGAGACGACACCUCGGCCAACUGCCUUCGCUGCACAGCCUGAACACAAGGAGCCCCCACAGACGGCUGACGCAAGCCAUCUCUACCCAGUGCAUCACCACCAUCAUUAUCAUAAGCAGCAGCAGCAACCACGACUUCAGCACCAAAGCCCUGGUCAACACCAUCUGUAUCAAUAUCAGGCACAACAACCACAGCAACGUUACAUGCAGCAAGAUACGUCGGGGCAAUCAUACCACAGUGCGUACAACUCGGUACCGUACCAUAUGAGUCCGGACGCCAUGCCGUACCGUCCACGCAUGUACAAAGGGUAUCCGGGUAUGAAUAUGAAUAUGGGCAUGGGCAUGGGUAUGGGCAUGGGUCUUUAUGGUGGGAUGAAUGAAUAUGGUGGUUUCUCACUUCAGAGGAAGCCCGCAUACUACCCACCGCUGCCGCACCCGAUGGGCCCGUACCCACCAACAGAUCAACACUAG